UCUUUGCAUAAACAUUUGGAUGUGACAACAAAAGAAGUCACCGAACAAGAGUUUGCGGUUUUUGCCGCAUUGGAUUUUGAACUUUAUUUGCCUACUUCUGAAUUUAUGCCUCAUUUUGAAAGAAUUUUUACAACUUUGG